UGACAUCGACGAUAUCAACAGCGACUCGUUACAUCUGGAUAUUUGGGACCACGACGAUGAGAGUUCUGUAUUGGAAGCAGUUAGUAAACUGAACGAAGUCCGAGGAGUUCGAGGACUGGGUCGAUUCUUCAAACAAGUGUGCCAAUCAGCAAGACAAAGUUCCCAGGAUGACUUCCUGGGAUGCGUUACGAUACCGCUACAGGAUAUUCCUUCGACGGGUCUGGAAGGUUGGUUCAAACUGGAGGCACGUUCCCAACGUAGUUCUGUGCAGGGUCGGAUCAAGCUAAAAUUGUGGUUGUCGACGAGAGAGAACAGGGGCAAUUCCGAAGAGGACAACUGGAGCGAGCUGACGCAACACGAGAACCUUUACGUCACCUUCGUAGACUACGAGCUGAGAAACUGGGCCAGAGAGACUUGGUCGUGGAACGGUGACCUUUCCGGCCCUGCACUCACGAUUUUGCAUCAGCACGCCGUUCAAGGAGACCUCACCGAUCUUCAGACGGCCAUGGCUAGAUUUGUAGGUGCUGCUAGAGUUUAUUUGAAAUAUUCUCUGGAUCCCCGAUGGAUGCUACAGCUUCUCAACGAUGUCGAAACAACAUGGAUCAAUUUCACAAUCACCAGAGAAGAAGAAAUGUGGUUAGCUGAAAAGUUCACGGCCAUGCAAG